ACAUAGUGGGUACCCUGGACUCAAACGACAGGUCGUGAGUGUCCCUUGUCUGUCAUCUUUGUCAGCCCAGUCUGGCAGUGGCAAUGGCAGUGCCACUGGCACUUUGUCUGGCACCCCAUUUGGCUCAGUUUUCUCUGCAAGCCCAAACUGCAGACUUUUGUUUUUCUGCCACAGCAGACUGCCUCCGAUACUGCCAGUAUAUUAUGUUGGCCUAUUUCUGUCUGCCUGUGCCGACUGGUUAAGAGAUUCUAGAUAACCAUCAUUAGGCCGCCACACCUCGAUAACCCCCAUCAGGCAGCAACCACUCGAUAACCCCCCUAAGGCAGCAAAGCCUCUAUAACCUCCAUCAGGUGCCACGUCCCGAUAACCACCAUCAGGCCGCCACACCCCGAUAACCACCAGCAGGCCGCCACGCCCCGAUAACCACCAUCAGGCCACCACACCCCGAUAACCAUCAUCAGGCCACCAAACCCCGAUAACCACCAUCACGGAGCAACACCCCGAUAACCGCAUAUCAUUAGGCAACUUAUAACCACCACCAGGCCGCAACAUUCUGAUAACCACCAUCGAACAAUAACGACCCAAUAACCUCAAAUUUAUUUUUAAAAUUAAAAUUUUUGAAUUUUCGCGCCAUUCGAAAUUUAACUUUCCCUGCUUUCACUUCCGUCACGGAAAAUUACUUUCACUUCCGUUGCAGACAAACAUUUCCAGCUUAUAAUAUAGAUUUGUAUACAUAUAUAUAUAUAUGAAUUUAUUAGCCAAUUGUUAUAAAAACCUGUGUAACUCAGCGAAUUAAAAAAUUAUGUUUCGUGAACUGGGACUAAUAUUAAAUAUGUAAUUAAUAAAUUAAAAUCAAACAAAAUGGAGGUAUCAUGUAAUACGCGAUCCUCUCUGCGUCACUACGACGGAAUCUCACAUCCAGUUAUAUUUUCGAGUUAUCUUAUGCUCUCAGUUAUCGGGGUGUUUGGAAUAGUUGGGAAUAUUUUGUGUGCUAAUGUGUUACUUUCCCCAUCCAUUAGAAAGUUUCCCUUCAAUGUGCUCCUUCUUCAUUCCGCAGUCUGGAAUAUUUUACUCCUCUUAUCAAAAAUCUUGCAUUUUGUGUCCUUCCUGAAUUUACUAACAAGUGAUCCAGAUAUCCCCUAUUUUCCGGAACUGGCACUUUUGGAUUUUUUCAUCAUCUCAGUUCUUGUUUCGGUGACAUCACAAAUGGGAUCCAUAGUGACCACAAUUAUGGUCAACAUUGAUCGAUACUUAUCAAUAAGAAAAAUGCAACCCGGAAUUUCCUCAGGUCGAAGUAAGAAGCGCGUCGUUUACAUGAUUAUCAUCUCCUUCGUAUCCACAAUCUUAUACGGAGUUCCAUUCAUAUGGAAGUAUUCCAUCGAACAAUGCAACGACGCCAACGGUACGAGAGACAUUUUGAAGCAAAACACAAAUCCAUUUCUGAAAUGGUACUACUCCAAAUUUUUUGUUGGAAUAAUUCGCUCCUUCGUUCCGUUUAUAAUCCUGUCUUAUCUGAACUUUAAACUCGUCGUGUUCAUCAAGUUGCAGACAGCGUUGAGAAAAACGAUGGCAUCGUCACAUCAAAAUAAUAAUGGUGGAGAUAUUCCCAUCACUAAAAUUGUGGUGGCGAUAAGCACCAUGCCUCUAGUAACGGUAAUCGUGCAAGUGGUUCGGGUCUGUGUUACGCACAAUUUUGAGAACGAGGAUCAAGCCGUCUUGAACUUUUGUUUAAAAAUGGCACAACAUUUGGCCGAAAUGUUGGAGGCGUCGUUAAACGUAGUGUUUUGCUGCGUUUGGGGGAGGAAAUUUAGGAAUACGUUUCGCGAAAUGGUUUCAUGUCGGAGAAAAAUGAUGAUUGCUAAAUUGUAAUGUGAUCUUUCGAGCUAAAAUUAGAUUUGACGAGGUAUUUCCUUAUGUACAUAUGUAUCUAAAUAAGCGAGCUUAAUUACAAUGGUAUAAAUAAUUAAAUUUAUUUAAUUAUUGUUGAGGGUAUUUAUGAUUCUUUCGUAUUCUUCAUAUCGUAAAUAAAAUAAGUUACGACGGUUACGAUAUUUU